AUGGCGACAGGAACCUACACCGGACAAACCGCAAAGAAAGAGACCUUCCACUUCAUCAAUGAUGCCGCAGACGCCGUCAACGAAGCCGCAAUCGGCCUUACCGAGCACAAUCCAAACCUCUCGUACGCGACGGCACACAAGAUAGUCUAUCGCAGCGACCUGGACACCUUUCGGAAAGACCAUGUGACAACCAUUGGAUUCGCAGGAGGUGGACACGAGCCCAUGUUUGCAGGCUUCGUAGGCCCCUCCUUCCUCUCGUGCGCCGUGUCGGGGAACAUCUUUGCGUCUCCCACUGCAGCACAGAUCUUCGAGGCCAUCAGGCUGUGCCAAGCGCCGCGACCACCACAUCGUCACACGUCUUCGAAGGGAACGCUGAUCGUGUGUGGGAAUUACACGGGCGACAUCCUCAAUGCGGGCCUCGCCAUCACGCGAGCCACGGCUGCAGGAUACAAAGUCAGAUUCACCCCCGUGGGUGACGACGUUGCGGUCGGCCGGAAGAAGGGAGGCAAGGUCGGCAGGAGAGGGUUGAGCGGUCACGUUGUUGGUCUGAAGAUCGCUUGUGCGUUGGCGGAUCGAGGGGAGAGUCUAGAGAGAGUGGGCGAUGUAAUGGAGUACAUCGCGGCGAACUCGGGGACGAUUGCUGUGGCUUUUGACCGGUGCGAGAACCCGACCACACUUCCUCCAGCGACCAUAGAGCUCGGACUCGGCUGCCACGGCGAGCCAGGGCUUCGCCAGAUAUCGCCUGUUCCAAGUCCAGAAGCUCUCACGAGAGAGAUGAUCACCCUUCUCACUGACACAUCCGACGCAGACCGGGCUUUCAUACCUUUCUCUAACUCCGAGAAGAAGGAGGAAGCCAUACUUCUGGUCAAUAGUUCUGGGAGUACCUCCGACGAAGUUCUCGCUCGCUUUGCUGAGCUGGCCAUUGCGGAGCUGGAUAGCCAAGGGAUAACUGUGAAAAGAAUGACGCUGGGACCCAUGGUGACGAGUCUAAAGCAGAGUGGGUUUGGCUUCACUGUUUGGAGGUUGCCAGGGCUGGAGGAGAAAUGUGUGUUGAGCAGACAUGAAGCGUUAGCGUUUUGGGAUAGGGAGGUACAGACUGCUUCUUGGAGGCAGUAG